AUGUCUGCUUCGUCCAAGAAGAUACAACAUGCCCACUGUGUUGUCUGUCGCUGUAAAGCUCGAGAAUGUUACCUCGGCGUGUACAUUGAUCCUUCCGGUCGGUUUCAAAAUGGGGUUGAGGUGUUACCCGCUACUUGCGACGCUCACACACUUGCUGAUCGGCGCAAGCAAGCUCUCGAGGCAAAUUCAGCCUCUGCUUCAUCUGCGAACGCCCGUCAAGAAGCUCCUGACGAUCUGGUGGCGCCUUUUGAACGACUUAAUCUUCCAAAUGAGCAUCUGCGCGAGCAACCUUCUGCCGCCGAUGCUCCAGAACUACGUACAAGGCUUACAAGAGCCUCUCAGGGCUCUUCACGUUUUGCUUCUGGUACCACUGAACGUAGGGCUUCAGCAAAUGUCACCACGGAAGACAUUGAAUAG